AUUACACAAGCCCUGUGUUGACGUUAGGUAAGGUCGCUGUUAUGUAGCUUAGUCCUCCGCCUGUAGAGCAGCAGUGCGUCGGUGCUGCUGAUCGAUCAAUGGUCUCAUCCUCCAGGCUCCGUCUAGUUUGGCGUCAUUUUGUUAACAGUCGGAUGGGAGAUAUGGGUUCUAAAGGCCAGAUGCCGACUCCAGAGACAGCACUUCCUGGACGGACCGACGGCAUCAAAGUCUCCGCCAAACACGAUGUGAACGGCAACAGGACUGUCCCACCUUUUCCAGAGGGGACAGAGAUGGCUUCAUUUGGUAUGGGCUGCUUCUGGGGAGCGGAGAGGAAGUUUUGGAAACAAAAAGGGGUUUAUUCCACCCAAGUGGGCUACGCGGGAGGAUACACACCUAACCCAACCUACAAGGAAGUCUGCACAGGUAUGACAGGCCACGCCGAGGUGGUGAGAGUCGUCUUCCAUCCGGAGCAGAUCAGCUUCACCAGCCUGCUCAAAGUUUUCUGGGAAAGCCACAACCCGACUCAAGGGAUGCGACAGGGGAACGAUGGAGGGACGCCAUACCGCUCUGCCAUCUACGCCGACACAAAGCAGCAGCUGGAGGAAGCUUUGGCCUCCAAAGAUCAAUACCAGAAGGUACUAACCCAGGAAGGUUUUGGUGCAAUCACAACAGAAAUAGCCGAAGCCCAGCCUUUCUACUACGCCGAGGACUACCACCAGCAGUACCUGAGUAAAAACCCUGAUGGAUACUGUGGUCUGGGAGGAACAGGAGUCUCCUGUCCAAUAGGAAUCAAGACCAAGGCCUAGAUAGCCAAUGACAGCCAAGAGCUAACACGGUCAAUAAGGAUGCAACGGUGGAGUGAUUUUAGUGCUUUAAAAUGCUUCCAGAAUCAAUAAGCUUUCUGUUUUCAAUAUAUAAAGAAAAUCCGAUUUUUGCAUUUAGUACCAUCACUCUUUAUAUCAUAUUUAAACUGGACCUUUGCACCUGUGAUUUGAUAAUGUCAGUAUCGCCCACAUUUAUCAUGAACUAAGCUGCUCCAUCUCUCUGAAACCAAAAAAACACUGAUUGUUUGUGCUAAAAGAAUUACACUGCAGAUUUCUGCAUGAUGUAACCCAGUGACACGUAACAUAAACUGCAGCGUAGAUGCUGAUAAAGACUGCCUGUCUUUUAAGCUCUUUGCUAUUCGUGAACAUAACAGUGCCGCGAAAUAUACUCAAAUGACUUGCAUAGUCACUUUCGUGAAGGCGUCAGACAAAUUAAACUUUCUGACACAUGCAGUACAAUUUCAUAUGUUAGAUAUAUCAAAUUGUAUGUUAUCCAAUGAAAUCUAGUGAAAAAAGUGCUGAACUCCUACUCAAGGGUUAGCCAAACAGUAGUAAAUGCCGGGUUUUCAACCAGUCACACUGCAUUAAAAACGGUGUUCCUAGAACAAAAAAUCCCUACGUUGGGGAGAGAAUGUAUAUGCAACACUAUUAAACUCUCACUGGUUUGACAUUUUAUUGUCAUUUCCUGGUUUUCCCAUAUAUUACAAAAAGCAUUUUUAGUAGUUUGGCCAUCCCAGUCCUACACAGUCUCAGCACAAAAUGCUUUCAGGAAGGCAUCUAAUUUAGUGUAUGUGAGUCCACAAUUCACUAUUUUGCAUACAUGAAUGAAAGAUUUUGUUUUGGUGAUAUAACAUAAUUGUUUUUUAUGCUCAGGUUGCUUGUAAAUUAUGAUUAUUUCAGUCAACUUGGAAAGUAAUACAGUUUGCUUUUUUGGAAGUCUGUAGAGGAAUAAAACAUAUUAAAAGCUUCUGAAA